UUGAUCGCGGCCGUUUCCGUGUGCGUAUUGUCAGUGGUACGCUCCAAACGAUCAGACGUGUCGCGCCACCCGGAAAAGUGCCACACUCAGUUUUGAUUUUUUGUUUCCACUUUCGCCCCAAAAAAGUUUUCCCAUAACAGUGUUGUUGGUGGUGUGCCCGCGUGUGUGAAUUCUCUAUGUGCUCCAUGAAAUGGCACGUGAUUCGACCAUGGGAAGAGACCGAGUACUAGUCGUACCGAACACCGGUAUCGCGCUCAAUAGUAGCUCAUCGUCACAGAUAACAGCACCGGCCGACAUUAGCCAGCAAAUUUUGGAGCUGCAAAAAGAGCAAGAGCUGGAGAAGCAAAAGCUUUGGCAUGCGUUUCAGGAGAAAAAUAAGGAACUCGAGAUGCAGCACCGGCAGCAGUUGGAACACAAAUUUCAGGAGUUGCGCGAUCAAAGGAUAGCGGAGGAAGCGGCCCAGCAACGGGAACGACGAGAACGCGAAGCAAUCAAGCGCAAAGAGAAACAUGAAUGCUGUGCGAACGCAAGCUCGGAGGUGAAACAAAAACUACAGACUUUUUUAAUACAGAAAAAACAAGCCGCUGCAUCGAAUGGACUAUCCUCACCGUUGCCCUACAGAAAUUGGGGCGUCGUAAAAUCAUCAUCCGGCGAAUCGCUACCGGGUGGUGCCGUUGCAGCGGCUGUUAGUUCGCACCCUUACAAAAUCCCUCCACCGCCGAGUUCAAUCUCGAAGUACGAUCCAGAUUUUCCACUCCGAAAAACCGCAUCCGAACCGAACUUGCUGAAAAUCCGUCUCAAGCAGCGCGUUAUCGAGAAGCGUUCCCUGAAUGGGCCACUGGCCGCCCGACGCCAGGAGCGUUUGCGCCGACUCCAGAAGCAGCAGCACAACCAGGCGCUCGCGCAAACAAAUUGUGCGGGAACAGCUAGCGUCACCACAACUGAUUCCGGUCCGAACUCCCCACCAACCGUGGGCAGCCGUGCCUCACCCACCAACGCACCGAUACAGGAGGAGAACGAGGAUCCACAGUACGGUUCGGGAACAUCCCGCGCGAGCAUCAACGAUUUGUCACUGUUCAGCUCACCGUCAAUGCCCAACAUUUCGCUCGGUCGGCCACACCUCGGCUCGUCAGCCGCCUCCGUUGCUCAUCUGACUAUCAACGCAGCCAGACCGACGCAUCUCGGUAUCGGUAGUAUCGGCGGCCAGGGUGCAAGUGUACCGUUCGUCAACCCGUCAAUGUUGGAUAUCACAGAGCAACAGCAGUGUAACCAAAACGUUGCGGCCGUUGCUGCAGCUGCAGCUGCGGCCGCCGCUGCCAGUGGUGUUGUCGGCUUGGAGCGGGCACACCUUACCGGUGCGUUCUCAUCGUCAUCCGGGCCCGGCUCUUCCAGCAUGUAUCAUCAUCAACCGUCGAUCACAGAUGCGCAUGUGGCUCAGGCCCGGCUGCACAAGCAGGGCCAUCGGCCGCUGGGACGUACGCAAUCGGCACCGUUACCGCUUGGGCAUCCGAUGUUAGCCGGUGCGAGCAGUGUAGCAGCGGCCGCUAUGAUGAACAUCAGCCAGACACACUUUGAGAACAGCGAGGCUGAACGACAAGCAUAUGAGCAGCAUUUAUUGAUGAAGCAAAAGAUUCGCCAGACGGCACUGACACGUGCCGCUAACUGCGUCAACCGCGAACCGCAGCUGCGCGAAGAAGUAGAAUCGAACGAGGUGAUCGACCUAACGGACAAAAAGCAACCACCCAAGACGGUGUUGGCAAGCAGCGUCAUUAAGAGCACCUCCCAAUCGCACCUGCUGUCUCACCAAUCGUCGCAUGACGACCUCAGCCAUGCAGCGGCCCAACAGCAGCACCAGCAUCUGUCCGAGCUGAUACACCAGCAGCAACACUAUCAUCGGGAGCGUGAAUUGUUUAUGCGACGAUCGAUACAGCUGUCGGUGCUGGAAGAUCCUUACACGCACCAUGCGUCCGGCAAUGCUGCCGCUGCCACAGCAGCAGCAAACCUGCUCCGACCGCUUUCGCGCACAUCCUCCAGCCCGCUGGUACAUUUGAGCUCCAUAGGAGGAGGCAGCAGUGGCGGACACCAAACGGCCCAGCAAAGCAUGUUUUCCGACACCGGGCAAUCGUCUGCCGGUGGGGACGAUGAUUUGCCGCCUCCGGUGAACCUGACCGUGCAAAACCGCAGCCGUUCGCUGCUGAGCUAUACGCACGAAGGUUUGGCCGCGUCGAUGGUCGGUGGCACUGGUGGCACCACCACCACGGCAGUUGGUUCGGCGACGACUGGCUCAUCCUCCGCUUCCGGUAGCCCGCCGGUCGGGAUGGCACUGCAACUUACUACCUCUUCGUCCGCGUCAGCUAUUAUCGGGGCGAGUCGCGAGCAAAAAUUGCGCACAACCACCACCGGGCUUGCGUUCGACAGCUUGAUGCUCAAGCACGUGUGUGCGUGCGGCGAUAAUGCGAACCACCCGGAGCACAGUGGCCGUUUGCAGAGCAUCUGGGCCCGGUUGGUCGGUACGGGACUGGCUAUACGGUGCGACAAGCUGCGAUCGCGCAAAGCGACCCAGGAAGAGUUGCAGACGGUACACACCGAAGGGCACGCGCUGCUGUUCGGCACCAGUCAGCUGAACCGGCAGAAAGUGGACACGAGUCGGGUAAGCUUCGUGCGGCUGGCGUGUGGUGGCGUUGGGGUCGAUCUCGACACGACCUGGAACGAGCAUCACACGGCGGCGGCGGCCCGUAUGGCGGCCGGGUGCGUCAUUGACCUGAGCUACAAGGUGGCGCGGGGUGAAAAUCGGAACGGCUUCGCGGUUGUACGGCCCCCGGGCCACCAUGCCGAGGCGGACGCAGCGAUGGGUUUCUGCUUCUUCAAUUCGAUAGCGCUGGCCGCCCGAUUGUUGCGGCACCGGAUGCCGCACGAGAUGCGCCGCGUCCUGAUCGUCGACUGGGACGUACACCAUGGUAACGGUACGCAGCAAGCGUUCUACGAUGACGCUUCCGUACUCUACCUGUCCGUCCACCGGCACGACGACGGUAACUUCUUCCCGGGCACGGGAGGACCGGCCGAGUGUGGGGUGGGCGCCGGGCUAGGUUACAACGUGAAUGUGGCCUGGUCCGGCGGCGUCAACCCGCCGCUCGGUGAUGCAGAGUAUUUGGCAGCAUUUCGUACCGUGGUGAUGCCGAUCGCGCGGGAUUUCGCUCCGGACAUUGUGCUCGUGUCGGCUGGGUUUGAUGCUGCCGUUGGGCAUCCGGCACCGCUCGGUGGGUACGUCGUUUCGCCUGCCUGUUUCGGCUAUUUGACGCGCGAGUUAAUGCAGCUCGCAAAUGGCAAGAUUGUGCUCGCACUGGAGGGAGGCUACGAUUUGCCGGCGAUUUGCGACUCAGCGGAAGAGUGCGUACGGGCGUUACUGGGCGAAAGCACCACCUCCACAAUCGCACCGUCCGAGCUGGCUCGACCACCGUGCCAGGCGGCAGUGGAAACGCUGCAGAAAACGAUCGCUAUUCAAGUGUCGCACUGGCCGUGCGUCAAACGAUACGCUCACACCGUUGGACUAUCCGCGCUGCAGGCGCACAGCAGCGAGCGGGAAGAGUCGGACACUGUUACUGCGAUGGCGGGACUGUCGAUGCAGUCGCUGAAGAGAACAUCCGAUGUGUCCUGCGAAGACUCCGAGGAACCGAUGGACCAAGAUGAGUCCAAAUAAUUUUCUAUAUGUAUUUUGUGUGUGUGUGCGUGUAGAACCGCGCGCACACCUAAGCGUGUGAAAAUUUACCCUCAUAGCCACCGAAAUCGACUGGCGAUCGGUUAACGACGACGACACAAACCAGUAAGCAGCGUGUUGUUCGUGGAGGACAUUUUGUUUGUUGGAAUAGUUACACGUUUCCGUGCGCGGAAUACGGCUAUGCAUGUUUGGUAACCUGGUCUUCGGGACGGGUUUCAAACGUAUUGUUGAUUGUUUCUUUGUGAAUGUGUGUGUGUGAGUGUGUCGUGUGCAUAUCACCUCUUACCAUACAAAAACGUAUGCCAUUCACACGCGCACCACGCCCGAACGAGGGCGAAAAGCAAGCAUUGAUGUUAAUGGUGUUUAAAUGUAACGCUGACCUCUGUGUCGUAUUCAAUCGUUGUAUAUUGAAUAUGCAGAGUAAUAGCCUCAUUCAACAUGGGCAAGCAAUUUCAACAUCGGUGCUUUCCAGCGUUGGAAAGGAUUUAACCAUGGAUGUUUGGAUCUUGUGUUUUUCCGCGUAUCUCCUAACAUGCGUGUGUAUCUACGCUUAGCGCAGCGCCACAGGGCAUAUUGUGUUAAACAAAAUAUGCACCCUCCCCACCACCCCCACCCCCCCAUCUCGAUCGCUUCUAGUACGAGGUGGCUAGUGUGUGUGUGCACUAGGAAGCGAAUUGUUUCAUUUUUUUGUUUCGUUCUGUAAGAAAUUGUGCAAUUAUUUAAGGUGGGAAGAGAUUUAAUACUUAACGAAUUGCAACUGGGUACACGUUUUCCGACCAAGCGGGGAAACUUUAAACUAAACUAGCCUGCAUCACCAGGCAGGCUAAUCGUGUUUGUGUGUGUGUGUGGAAACAAAUGUUGUUUGUAGAAACAAAAUUCGCACACACACACGCACGACUCCUUCUUCAUUUGCAUAUAUGGAUUAUAUGGAUGGAUUUUUUGUAAUAUUUAAUAAUGUUUAGAAUGAAUUUGUUAAAGAGUAUAUCCGUUACGGAAAUGAAAAAGCAAAUGAAAAAAAACGAAGGAAACAGGACAACAAAACAAAACCAGAAAACAACAUGUGUAACAGAGAACAGUUAGGACGAGAUACAUACAUGCACGUUCGAAACCAAUGUGUGUGUGUGUGCUGUUUGUAUGUAAAAUUGGCAAGCUAGAGAUAAUAUUUUGGAAUCAUACUUUUCCUUAUAAUUUUCUUAUGAAACAGAAGACAAAGACACGCACACCUACACAUACAUAUGAAUGCAAAGGAAAGGAGCAAGAUUGAUGUGAACGGGUAGACACUGUUCAGGUGUUUUCCACGAGUGCCGCUUCUGUUGUUUGUUACGAAGUUCAGCAGGCCUGAUUGGUGUUUGAGUAGCGCACUGGUUACUGGUUGUCCGAUUCAGGGGAAAGCACACAGCCGCUUUGAUGUACUAAUCAGCUGAGUACUGAGUGCGUUUAUCCAGUACCUUCUACAUGCGUUGCGACAGACACGAGAUACACGACACGACACACCCUUUGACCAGACGAAAAACGAAACAAAACACCUAUUCUAAUAAAAUGCAUCCAACUAAACCGUUGCUUGUUGUUUGAGGUCGUAACGGAUCUCAAUAAAAUGGUCAGCUAGCUAAAGUAUGCCGAAUGCCCUCUAAUACAAUUUACCAGCAAAGCAUUUGCAAAAGCAAAUGAACUUGAAUUUGAACGUGUGCGUGUGAGAGAGAAAGAGAGAGAGAGAGAGAGAGAGAGAGAGAGAGAGAGAGAGAGAGAGAGAGUGCUUAACAUAGCUGACAUUAAAAUUGAUGUUUAACAACGACAAACAACGUCCUAACGCCAUACUGAGCUCAUAUUUAACGGUGAUCCCAUACCGUAUGUAAGAAGGGGUAUGUUUUAGGAAUACUUUCGAAAAAUACGAACUCAAUCUCCCUCAAAACACCCAUGACACAGCAGACACAUACAACUCUUCACACACACACACACACGACUUGUAUUUGGAAGCCAUGCUCCUACAAAAAAAAGGGAAUCCAUUGAAACCAUAACGUUUUAAAAGGCUGAAAACACAUCCUAAUAUUGAAAUUGUUGAUUUUUUUUUAGAAGAUGCAAGAGUUUUAUGUAACGUUAUCGUGAUGGAGAACAGAAGUUAGGUAGAUGUGUGUGUGUGUGAAAGAGUAUAAACAUCCAAAAAUCUUGCUACACUAACAAACAUACAAGCAAACGUUGCUGUUCGAGCUAGGAGCGCUAGGAGAGGCGCACUUGCGUCCAUAAGCCACUAGCAUAGACACUCCAGGAUUUGUUAUGGCGUGGGAUCGUGUUUAUGCAAAAAAAUACACCCACACACCCCCACAGCAAAAUGGGAAGACGCGCAACACUACCACCACUAACACCUUCCCGUGUCACGCAAAUAUUCCGUCUAAAAUUAAUAACUACUAAGCACAUUGUAUAAUGGUCGUACGAACUUUUUUUUUUUAAACCAAAAUACAACAUAGCAACAAAAAAGAGGGAGCAACAAAAGGAAAAGCUCACACACGUGGCAGAAAAGUCGUUUAAAUGUGUGUUAGCCGUUUUGUGUGUGUGCGAGCGCGUGGUUGUGUUUUGUGGCGAGUGGAUUAAAUGGAAGCUGAAGUUGAAAAUUGCGAAGACACACCUUUUUUGAGCUACAGAUGAGGGUUUUUAAAAGUCACAAAACCAAAAUCGAAAUUUGUAAGGUGCAGGAAAAAGUUAAACAGUCAAAGGAACAACCACAAAGCCGUUUAAAAACUUCAAUCUGUCCCCAAGAAGCAAAGAUCACGUGCGUGUAACGUAGGUGUCUGUGUGUGUGUGUGUAUGUGUGUGUGUGUGACGUGAAAACAGUCAGAAGGUAGCAUAACAAUAGAAAGGGGAAAAAUGGAUGUCACUAUUGAAUCUGUUGCAUGUGUGUGUAUGUAUGUGUGUGUGUGUGUCUAGUUGUUUCUAACUGUGUACAUGUACUGCUUGCUUCUGUUGCCUUGUGCACCUUGCCUGCACUAGUAUAACCUUUCUUGGCGGGAAAAAUAACAAAAGCAAAAUAAAAACAGAAAACAUUAUUAACGACACAACUCCUCCCCUUCCCCUCCUCCCAAAACACUAUUUUUAACGCCUAGUCUAUAUUUGCUUUACGUUCGUUUUUAAGAUAAAUUAAACUGAAUUGCUCAACCAUUAUACCAUGCUGUACCUAGGCAUUGUCGUGUUUCUCCCAACGUGAUUACCGGCACUUAACACUAUUAUUCUAUGUAUAUAUAUUUAUAUAUUAUUAUAAAUAUAUAUAUGGAUAGAUAUAUGUGUCAUUUGUAUAAUAAUUGUUUUCUUUGAAGAGGAAAAGCUCAUACACACAUACACACACGCGUCUCUCUCUCUCUAUAUAUAAAUCUCUCUCUCCCUCUCUCACUCUCUCAUAUACACACUCACGCGCGCACAUACACGCACAUCCACACAAAACAACCAGACACACAUGCACAGGCACACGUGCUAGACGAUGUAUACGGUCAGCGGGUUUUUUGUUUUUGUUGGUAAGACUUCCUGUAUGCCUGUGGCGAUGGGAAGAACUUUGUUGGGCACUAGAAACCUGAGCUUAGACAACAAGAUCCCUUUUAGAUAAGGGGGAAGUCUCUUUUGGAUGUUGGAGGUCUCUCUUGGUAGAUAAAAGUCGUCCCUAAUGGUCGGUCAGAUCAUCCUCGUUUGACGGCGACGCGACUCGUAUACCGAGACGAAACCUUCCCGCCAUAGUCAGGCCGGUCCUUACGACAGAUCGGUUCGGUAGACGAGCGGACAGGCCUCCUGGAAGAUGAGGGCGCUUAAGCGGGUGAGACAACCCGACACAGCCGUCCACUACGACCAUGAUUAAACUGGAAACACACACUCGCGGUCUACACGCUUUGUUUUUGUCUCCUAAAACUCCUCCUUUUGUAAACACAAAAAAACACACAAAAGACCGUUCUGAAUGUGGUGUGUGUGUGUGUGUUAAGCGCAACGUAUAUGGAUUCUAUGUCCAUUUGCUGUGUCGAAUGUGCUCUAUGUGCUACCUCUAAGUAGAAGAAUUUAAUGGAAAAAACACACACACAAACACACACACACAUGAGAAACAGAAAAUAAAACACACAAACAUAUAUAGAUAGAAGGAAAACAAAAAAGCUAAAGUAAAGUAUAACAAAAAACGAAACAUAUUAAGAGCGAAGCGUGAAAAAGUGAUAUAAUAGUUUCAGGUAAAAACGAAAACAAAAAAAACGUUUAACGUAAAUAAUAUAAAAAUACACACACACACACUCACACAUAAAUAAUUAUGCCGUGUAUAUUGGGUGGAAAAAAAAACCAAGGUUAGGGAGUGAUAUACGUAUAUCAAUAGUUCUAAUAACCGACAUGCUAACCUCCACCACUUCUAGGAAGCGGAUAGGGAGGAAGGUACGGGUAGGGUUUUUGGGUGAGGGCGCGGAACGGAGGGAAACGGGGUCUGGCGUUAACAUAGCAAUUUUAUUUUAUACAUGUGUGAUGGUAGUAACCGGUGGUUGACAGGAUAAGGAUAAAAGGAUCGUUUUGCAAUUUUUACUCAAAUUAGACUUCAAAGACAUACACACACAUACACAAAACACUCGCAAAAUGAUCACAACUGUUAGUAACUGUCUUAUCGUAUGUCUCUGUGUGUUCGUGUGCGUGUGUGUGUGAUGUGUAUGUUACGGAGUAAAAAAAAAAAAGAUUAACAAAUUUUUAAUGACAUGACAGGCAGGGAUUCAGGAAGAAUAGGAAAAAACUGAAAAAAAAACUCUCAAUAUGCUAACAAAGCAAAAGAAAAGAAGGAAAGAGAGAGAGAGAGAGAGAGAGAGAGAGAUGUGCAAGAGAGAUGCUGACAUCUAUUUUUAGCGAGACUUCAAACUUCAGGACUUUCUUAAGCGAGAUUUCAAAUAUUUUGCUGUAUACAGUGAGCUCUCCAGAGUUGUAGUGAGACUACCAUAGUUUGAUAUGGGUUAUGAAUGAAUGAAAGAUUGAGGAAUGGAAGCUGAUAAGGCCUCCUCAAGUAAGUAGGAUUACAGCACGUCCAGAGUACGGUUUGAUGCCGAUGUAGGCUAGUAAUUUUAAAAGCUCAUCUUUCUAGUGCAUGAGGUUGUUUAUGCUCCGUCACGUCUAACUGGUCCGGUAGUGAUGGGUUUCGGGGUCCACCUAGAUAAGGUUAAGGUGUUGUUUGAGGUAGCUUGGUUUGAUGAGGAGAGAGGACAGCUGCUCCGUAGCAUAUAGGAGAGGUGAGCUCUCGGCGAAAGCGCAGAACCGGAAACAGGAUUCGCCGAAGCUACUUAGUGUGGAGAGACUGCUACUAACCUGAAGGGGCAGAUCUUCAUUCAGAGUCCUCAGUUCUGCUUAGUGAGAACACUAACUGCUACUAACGUGAGGGGGCAGAUCUUCAUUCAGAAUCCUCAGUUGAUUUAGCUCUUGGGGUGGCCCGGGUGUGGGAGGCGACAAAGGCACCGGUCUUCCUACGGCAGGACCGUGGUUCAAUUCCCAUCCGGACCUUACCCCCGUAGUGAGGACUAACUAUACAACUAUAUGGUAUCAAUAGGUCUAGUAAGCCAGAAAUGGCAUGACCUAAGUGGUUGUCAGGCCCAAGAAGAGAGAGACAGAGAGAGUUUAUUUAAGGUGUAGGCCUCAGAAAACUACACAAAAGAGAGCUCAUUGUAGAAAGACAGCAGUUUGGUUUUUUGAUGAUGACACUGUUGUAAAGCUGCAAGAGUCCUGUUUGUAUCAAAUACACACGCACACACACGCACAAGCGAACUCAUAUAUGACCCAGAAGAGAAAAAAAAAAUGACAAACGGUAAAGAACCGGAACCGGUAAAUAAGGAACCUGUUAGCCAAUUUACUAAACAGAUAUACAAAAAUGUUUUAAAAACAUUCAGCGUCGUAUAUACAUAUAUGUAUAUGUUUUGUUUGAUAAAAAUUGAAAAAAACGAAAGCAAGAGUCUAUAAUAGAAGCUAGUAGGAGAAGUCCAAUAAUUGGGGAAGCCGUAAAAUAAACACGAAUACGAAUCAGAGCCAGAGGGAUAACAUAUUUUUGGAGUGUGAAUGUCUGUGCGUAUCUCUAGUAGCUGUGUUGGGGUUCGAAUCCAACCCGUAAGGAAUUAAAUCAAAAGCAACAAAUUACACAUAAAAAAACGGAUUUAAAUGUUUUAUGUAUGUUAUGUAUCGCAAAAACAAACAAACAAAAAGGAAGGAAUGUCCACGAACGAAGACGAUUAGAGUAGGACGAAUGUUUUAUCGAGGAAGGCAAACCCUGUCUGUACUACUCCUACACUCACCACACUGACGGCACGUGUUUUGUAGUUUGACAGCUAAAUCACUCGCUCAGGCAUUAGUAUCCUAUCCUACUUAAGCUUCACACUACCAGACAACACUAUUACUACCACUACUACUACUACUACCACUAACCACAGUAGCUGUUGUCUACUACUACUUCCAAGAGUUCAGUUACACCAGCAGAAGAACCCGCUCCUUUUGACAACCCUGCCUCACCUCUUCUUCGCUCAUCAUGAUCCCAUUUCCUUCCUCUGUGUGCGUGUACGUGUGUAUGUGAGCGUUGUGUGUGUGUGUGUGUUAGAUCGAUAUACAUAUAAAAACAGAGCUCGUAUCCUUCUGUCAUCCUGCCUGAUACCUGAUAUCUUUGAUUUGUUGUUGUGGUGUUGUGGCUGUAUAGUUUUUUUUUAAUCCAAGUUGUGAAAAAGAAUCAGGAACUUCAGUAAUACCAUAAAACCACCACACACACAUACAUACGCAAAAAACCCCCCGAACACGAUUUUCCAGAAAUGCGAGAACGAGAGUUAGAUUUAGUGAAGCAAUGGAAAGAGAGCGAGAGAGAGAGAGAGAGAGCGAGCGAGCGAGCGAGCCUUUUUGUAAACUAAACAAACGAAACGAAAACGAAAACGAAAGAGUGCUGGACACUUGUUUCAGUUUUUUUUUGCCUUUGUUUUAACAAUACAUAUAUGUGUAUGUGUGUGGUAUACAUAUAUAUAUUUUGAAGCAGAAUAAUACCACGAAGAUUGUCAUCAAAUGCAUAACGCAACAAACGCAAACAUCCGGACCCGGAAACAAGCGGUUGUUCCUCUCCCCUCUGCCUUGAGGUCAAAAAGCAAAAGCAAGCAAGCAAAAGAUGGAAAAGAGCAGUCCUUCUAAGUCCUUCUAGGACUCCUACCAACCAAGAGGACCUCAUCCACCAAGCGAUGAUGAGGUUGGAUUUUUUUAAAGGUUGAAAGCUAAGCGUUAGGAAGGGAUGUGCUUUUUUUCUGGUGGAACGUCGAGGAUCCCGUUCCCGUAGUAUCAGCAGGAGGUUCCUCGUUCCUUGAGAUGGGUUAGCUCUUUGUAGCUCGGUUUCGGAGUGGUCAGUUGUUUUCUCCAUUCCUCCCAACUGCAACAAGGGCAUAACCAGUUAGUCAACCGCAUACUAGUUAACAGAUAUGCAACUAGAAUGACUCCUUUCGGCUGGAGUGGACUGUUCCAGUCAUACUAACGUUGAAUGGGAUUUUACAGAUGGCGUCGACAUGACAGACCUCAUCCGUCACAUUUCAUACUAAGACUGACUGACUAGCUGACUCCAGGCCCGUAACCUCAACUUGCCAUCCUAUUGUGAUUUUUAACUUCCGUUUUCUGUCUCUCUAUCCUGCUCCUGUUUUGCCGCGGAUCACCUUCUUACCAUUACAAACGCAGACCCGCCGCAACUGGGCAAAAUUGUUUAUCCUUCGUACGCUUAGGCGAAUGUCGCCAUAUUUGGGUCGUAUAUGACCCGUUUGACCGUUGAGUAUAAUAUUUCAAUUGAUGGGCCCCUUUUUUUGUUCGGUGGAACAGAACAAUUCUUGUUUUUGCAAUUGUUAGCAAAAACAAUUAAACGAGGAGGAGAGGAAAAAUAUGCCGAGAGAGAGAGAGAGAGGAAGAGAGAGAGAGAGUUGUGUCGCGAAACAACACACACACACACAAAAACAAUAUAUAAUUCAAACAACAACAAACAAACAAAAAACACUGUUGCAAAAACAAAGAAAACGUAUCGCAUAAUUAAUUAAUCACCUUGAGACAUUCCUAUUAAACAAAGCAAAACAAAGCAAAACAAAACAAACAAAAAAAAAAACAAUGUUGUUAUUCUAAGAGAACAAAAAGUAUUUUAUGAGAGUAAAAAAAGAGUAUAAUAAAAUAUGUUACGCAUAAAA